AUGGACGUCGUACGACAGGCAGUACGCGCCGCUGCGGGUCGCCGCACCUACUCAACGAUGUACGUUCCCCCAGCGGCAACGUCGAGAAUACACAAACGACAGAUCCCUCUCAAACCUGCAGCGGAGUCCCCCAACUUCUACACCGGUCGUGCCGCCUUUUUUGACCAGGUCAACGCGUUAGAAUACGCUAUUCAGGGCACGCGUUCUGCCCUUCAAAAGCUUCAGCUUCUCCCUCUCCCACGUUUCGCGCUGGACUCCCUGCCACCCCUCCAGCACGCAUGGAUGUCCAAGGAUGGUCUCCAGGACAAGCUGAAUACACCCCUCACCAUGUCACGGUACCGCCGUCUAGUCGGACUGCUUAACCAGCUUGGGAACUUCCGCCGAAUCGCGGACGUCGCUGGUUGUGAGGGCCUCGCCGAGCAGAUCCAAAGUGUGCUAGAUCUUUUCGAGAGGGAGAACAAGGAGGCAUUCCUAGCGCGCGGGAAGAGGAACCCUGUCAAGUUUGACGAGUAUGGACGGACUUACACUGUUGGCAGACGGAAGGAGAGUACGGCGCGUGCCUGGGUUAUUCCAGUGCAGGGCACCACCACCGUUCGUACAGAAUCAUACCUUUCGACCACUGGCAUGGAUUCUUUUCCGUCUGGUCCAGCUGUGGAUGGCCUGCAAGCCUCGCCGACUCAGUCUCUAGAGCUGCCGCUGUCUACUGAGUUACCCGACCUCAUGCCCGCACCUGUGAAGGUAACGACGACAAACAUCCUCAUUAAUAACACUCCCCUCUCCCAGUAUUUCGUUCUGUCUGCCGACCGCGAGCGCGUCGUCCGGCCCUUCAAAAUUGCGGGUCUCGUGGGUGCUUUCAACGUGUUCGCGCUCGUCCGUGGUGGAGGCACCACAGGCCAAAGCGGUGCCAUUAGCCUCGCGAUUGCCAAAGCUCUUGUCGCCCAUGUACCCGACGUUGAACUUAUACUGCGUAGAGCAAAACUACUGAGACGCGAUCCUCGUAUGGUGGAGAGGAAGAAGACAGGUCUGGCCAAAGCGCGCAAAGCGUACUCCUGGGUCAAGCGUUGA